CCCACCUUGUACAUCAUCAAGAUCCAACGGUCCAGAUCAAAUCUCUCUCUGCAUAUAACUCUCUCAUUUCUCACCUCUCUCUCUCAGACACCCUUCUUCAUCUCCCCCAAAUUUCAGCCAUUUUUCUAGGGUUUCGUCUUCAGAUAACAUAAAAUGGCAGAAAGUGAAGACAUUCAGCCACUCGUGUGCGAUAAUGGAACUGGAAUGGUUAAGGCUGGAUUUGCAGGAGAUGAUGCACCAAGGGCCGUAUUUCCGAGUAUUGUGGGUCGUCCCCGUCACACCGGUGUGAUGGUUGGAAUGGGCCAAAAAGACGCAUACGUUGGAGACGAAGCUCAAUCAAAGAGAGGUAUUUUGACGUUAAAAUACCCGAUUGAACACGGUAUUGUGAGCAACUGGGAUGAUAUGGAGAAGAUCUGGCAUCACACUUUCUAUAACGAGCUUCGUGUUGCUCCGGAGGAGCACCCGGUUCUUCUAACGGAAGCUCCUUUGAACCCGAAAGCCAAUCGUGAGAAGAUGACUCAGAUCAUGUUCGAGACGUUUAAUACCCCCGCCAUGUAUGUUGCCAUCCAAGCUGUUCUGUCCCUCUAUGCCAGCGGUCGAACAACCGGUAUUGUUCUGGAUUCAGGUGACGGUGUUAGUCACACAGUCCCUAUAUACGAAGGGUACGCCCUUCCACACGCGAUCCUUCGUCUGGACUUAGCAGGACGCGACCUAACCGACGCGUUAAUGAAGAUCCUUACCGAACGCGGGUACAUGUUCACUACAACAGCCGAGCGGGAAAUUGUUCGAGACAUGAAGGAAAAGCUGGCUUACAUCGCCCUUGAUUACGAACAAGAGCUUGAGAUCGCAAAUUCGGGUUCUUCCAUCGAGAAGAAUUACGAGCUUCCCGAUGGACAGGUCAUCACCAUUGGUGCUGAGCGGUUCAGGUGCCCGGAGGUUUUGUUCCAGCCAUCGAUGAUCGGAAUGGAAGCUGCGGGUAUUCACGAGACUACGUACAAUUCGAUCAUGAAGUGUGACGUGGAUAUUAGGAAGGAUCUAUAUGGUAAUAUUGUGCUUAGUGGCGGGUCAACCAUGUUUCCCGGGAUCGCUGACCGGAUGAGUAAGGAAAUUACCGCACUCGCCCCGAGCAGCAUGAAGAUUAAGGUGGUCGCUCCUCCCGAACGGAAGUAUAGUGUCUGGAUCGGAGGGUCGAUUCUUGCAUCUCUCAGCACAUUUCAGCAGAUGUGGAUCUCGAAGGCCGAGUAUGAUGAGUCGGGCCCAUCAAUCGUGCACAGAAAAUGUUUCUGAUUCGUACCUUGCGUCGUUUACUUCAACUUUGUUUUUGUCGUGUUGAUUAUAUAUGCUGGUUGUUUUUAAGAGUGCGGUAAUGACAUUUGAGUGAGCACAAAGACGUUUGCUGUAAGCUCCACAAUUCUUUUAUUUUAAUCUCAUUUUUAGAAACUAUAUCAAUUGUUUCGUCUCCAUAUGUUUCUAUUUAGAGAAAGUUAUGAAAGUUGCCGGUUUUCUUGAGUG